AUGAGGGACGAGACGGACGUCGCAACAUAUCCGGAACUACAAUGGGACGCUCAAGUUCGACAAGGAUCCUCUCUUCAUCAUGAAGAACAAAAGUUCAUUGCACUUCGCAAGUUGAGAAUAUCAUCACAAGGAGAAGAUUCGUUGCAUCGCUUUUUAGAUCUCCCGCCCAAUGAGAAGGUUGACCCUCGAGAUGUCCCGCUUAUCGCGUUGGGAGGAUCAGGCGGUGGGUACAAGGUGAUGUACGGCUUCACUGGAUUCAUUUCAGCUGCCAAAAAGCAUGGACUAUGGGAUUGCAUAACCUGGACGGCUGGCGUUAGUGGAAGUUGUUGGACUCUUGCAGCUUACUACACCAUCGCUCGACAUGAUAUUCAGCGGUUGAUCGACCAUUAUCUCACAGUGACAAGUGAGCUCGCACACCCCAUGAGCAUACAUGCCUUGAACAUGGUUGCACGAAGUAAGAGGGGAGUCUACUUUCUGAUUGGUCCUCUGGUCAGUAAAGCGCAGAAGAGCAUCAUAGGCUUGGGAAUCAUGGAUCUCUACUCGACUCUUACUGCAACGUAUCAACUACUAUCGAGAGAGCCAAAGGGUAGACUGAGCAGAGCGACAUUUCAAUGGUCCAAGAUUUGGCAACGAUCAGGUAUUGAUAAGGGAUUGGAACCAAUGCCGCUUCUUGCAGCUGUGAGACGCGUGCCGAAGUACUCAUACGAGCCAAAGACAAUAUCUGCAAAGGCUAGGGAUGUCAAGAAACAACCAACAUCUCGACAGCUUGACUCUGUCGAAGGAAAUGAUCAAGCAGAUCCAAGAGUAUCUGUGAACAGACGGCCUAAGAAGCUCUUCCAGUAUUUCGAAAUCUCACCACUUGAAGUCGGCAGUCUAGACCUCAACCGUUACGUCCCAACUUGGGCAUGGGGACGUACCUUCAUCUCUGGGCACUCGGUGGAUCGUCGGCCUGAGCAGCCAUUCUCACUUCUGUUGGGUCAGUGUACUAGUGCACCGGCAGCCCCAUUGGCGGAGUGCAUCAAAGCUCUCUUGGUCACAAUACCCAAGAACACAAUCAUGGCACGUCUGGUCACUGUCUUUAACAACCUACUCCAGUCGAAGCACUUUGAGGGUUUCUGGGGAAAUCCGAUCCGUGCGGGACAUGACCCGAACCCAUUUUAUGGCCUUGAAAGACCAGUAGGCAUGCGGGAGCAUACUUCAGAGCACUCUAUGUAUAUCUCGCGAGUUGCACAUCAGCAUCAACGAGGGAUGCGCAGCAGUGACAAAUCUGUGCCCGAUACAACUACCUUGCAUUCGCAUUCCCUUCCGCCAUGGGAAGCACAAGGACGGACGAGACUAAUGGACUCCGGCAUGGCGAACAAUCUUCCUAACCAUAUCCUCGCCCGACCAGAACGAGGCGUCGAUGUUUUCAUCUCGUUCGAUGCAUCUUCAGACAUUCAUACUGGUGCGGCUGUGCAAAGACUACAUCACUUCGCUGCCGACUUCGACAUUGAGUUGAGAGAUGUGACGCGAGAGUUCCACAAGCCACAGCGAAGUACAGCCUUAACUUCAAGUCACGCGUUGGAAGUCGAAUCUCGAUACAUGGAUCACUACGCCAGAGUCUUUCAUGGAACAAGACAGAGUGGACAAGAUGUGUAUAUCAUCUACUGCCCGCUCUUACCAAACGGGUUAAACCCAACCUAUAACCCUACGACCGCAGCAUUCUCGACUUCAACGAAUCUCAUGUGGACUCCAGAUCAGGUGAAAAGUGUGCUUACAACAGCACAGGCAAAUCUCACCAACUAUGCAAUCCAUACCAUUAAGCAUGUGAUGAGAAAAGUUUACGAAGAUAAAAAAGCGCAUAGACUUGCUUAA